AUGGGUUUCCCUGAUAUUUUAUUCGACGUUCGUCAAGCACAAAACCAAGAUAUACCACAACUUGAACUUGAUUCAUUUCAAUGGGUUAUUUCAUACUAUCAACUAUCUUAUAGUCUAUCAGAUGAUGUUUGUAAUUCAUACUUUCCCAAUGUAGUUUGUGUAACUGAUCCUGUUACAAAUGAAAAGCAUUUUCAAGAAAUAAGUGCACACACAACUAAACUAACAACUUUCUGGUUACUGUCUAGAUUAAUUACAUCAGUUUUUGCAACUGGACCAGCACCCAAUGCAUCACUUACGGAUCUCUACUUUCCAUCGCUCACUAAAUACAAUGGUGCAAAGGGUAGUUUUAAUUUUGAUCUUCUUUCAAUGUUUAUGAAAUAUUGUAAAUCGUUACAAUCUUUGGUUAUUCAUGAUGACUUGAAUGUGCUUUCAAUACCAAUCAACUUUAGUCAAUCAUUUCCAAAGUUGGAGACUUUGUCAUUAACAAAACUAAAGAUAUCAAAUGUUCCAAUGGAUUUAUUUAAAAGCAAUACACUUACUACUGUAAUCCUUGAUGGUAAUCCUAUUAAUCAAUCAUUGAUUGUUGAUCCUUUAGUUGUUUAUUCAACAUCCAUUCAAACAUUACAAUUCCCAUAUUCAGAAGGAAAUAAUUUCCAAUUUAACCUUUUACCAAAUAAUUUCCCAGCUCUUAAAUCUUUGAGAAUAUCAACAACUGGAACAAAUGUUAUUAUUCAAAUGAAUAUAAAUAUUGUUUCAAACUCACUUCAAACAUUUUUAUUUAAACAAAUUGAUGCUUUACUUGAUGGAACUCAAUUUAAUUUUACAAUUAAUACUCCAAAUAUUGAAACAAUUCGUUUAGAACAUAAAACAUUCCAACUCAAUGAAAGAUAUAUUCGUUAUAAUUUUGUAAAUCCUAGUUCAUGGGCAAAAUUUAAAACUUUUAUUACUGAUGGACAAGUUGAAUCAUCUCUUCCAUUCAAUGUAACCAAUUUUCGUGAAGUGGGUGUAAUCAAUGGUGAUUUGGAAACCUUUCCAAAUGGAGUAUUAUCAAAUGGUUCUGCAUUAGUAUUGAAUGGCAAUAAGAUAACGGGAACCAUUCCUUUGGAUAUUGUAUCAGGUAAUAAUGCAAUUAAAGCUGCAAUUGAUUUGGAAGGUAAUGCAGGAUUGACAGGAUCUGUCCCAGAAGAAUUUUGUCGUCUACGUUUUAUGGGCUUGGAAGGAACUGGUGUCACUAGUCUACCAGAUUGUGCCUAUUGUUACAAAAAUGUAUUACCCAAUGAAAUUACAUUUGAUGUUCCUAUUCCAGGUAAUUUUGCUUGUCCACAUUCAUUAAAUUCAACAUUUAUUAUAACAACAGAUUCUAAACUUACUAUUAGAGGAAAGAAUCUUGGAUAUGCAGUACCUGGUGAUUCAACCGAUGGAUUGGAAACGAUCAUUCCAAAUGAAUUAUUAACAUUUAAAGUUCCCGAUCCUCCAUCCUAUCAAAAAUGGGUAGAUGUAGUAUUCUCUACUGCGGUUGGAGUCAGUUACAAUAUCACCUAUGACUAUGCCACACUGAUAUUUAACUAUGGUGCCAUCGAACAGAUUCCAGGUGGUCUUAAAGUAACUCUCAACAUGGGGUUCUUUAAUCCAACGUAUGCAUUCAAUAUCACACUUGACAACAAUCCAUGUAUCAAUGUGAAUGCUUCAGAAACCACCUAUAUCAUUACCUGUAAUGUACCAGGUAUUCCAGCACUCAAUUCACUCAAUAUGAUUGGAAAAGUUACAAUUCAAAAUGAUUAUACAUUAAAUUCAAAAAAUAUUUUCUAUGCUAUUGGAUAUCCUGUAUCAACAUCUGUAAAUUCAUUAGAUCAAUAUGGUGGAAAUGUAACAUUCCAAGGUCAAUUUGGUCAAUAUUUCGAUCAACCAUCAGCAUUUAUUGGUGGUGAGAAUUGUCCAAUUUUGGAACUUAAUGCAACCACUCUUGUUUGUCAGUAUGUUGGUACACCAACUGGACAAUUACUACCAAUCGGUCCAAAGACAGUUCGUAUAGUGGUCGAUGGUUACACAUUUGAAUCUGCCACUCUUUUCACUAUCAAUGCAAUCAAUGCAACUCAACAUUGUAUCACUACCACCAAUAAUUGUACCAAUGGACAAGGUCAAUGUAAUGACAUUGGAGUUUGUAUUUGUCGUGACAACUAUAUUGGUGAUAAUUGUGAAUUUAUUGAGGGAGGAGGAGAAUUUAAACCAAAUAUAACAAAUCCAACGGCAACAUUUGGAAUUGAUGGAUAUCAAUUUAAUUUUUCAAUGGUUGCUAUUCAAGAGUUGGAUAUGGAUGAUGUGAUCGUUCGAGAGAUAUUGACCAACAAUUGGAUUUAUACAAACAGUACCAAUGACACGGCAAUUGCAGGUGUAGAGUCUUACGAUUACAAGUUGAAUCAUACCGAGUUUUUGCCAAUGGUUAAUGCCCGUAUCGAAUUCUCUAAUCAUUCGAGAACCAUUACAUUUGGUGGUACCAACCAGACAUACCUACCCAACUCGAUUAAGUUAUCGGUCAAUAUCAUCUAUUGGAUGUUCAAAAGCAAUUUGAAUCAUCUCAGAGUGGUCUAUAGAACGCAAUUGUCGAUCAACACGCCGGCAGAGUACAAUGGGUGUGGUGUUGAACCAACCGUUGAAGAGUCGAUCAUUAGAGGACUGGACGGAGACAAUGUACAAUUCCUAAAGGUAUACAAAAACGAAAACAUCUUUUUUGGUAGUUUUCUCGAUUACGUUUUGUCUGAUGGUAAAAAGACCUAUAGCAAGAAUGAAUUGAUUAAUCAAACUGUCAUUGAAAACACUCUGUCAUCGUCUAACCAGACAUUGUCAGAUGCCUAUAUUGGUAUUAAUAUGCCAAGAUGUCUAAUAUGUAGUUUGGACCCAUCCUUUAAUUCGCUGAUCCAACCCAAUUUUGGAACCGGCCAAAAUGAACAAGACACUUGUUCAUCCAGUGACGACAAAUGGAAGAUUAUUGUUGGUGUUGUAGUAGGAGGUAUUGCAGCCAUUGCAAUACUCGUUGGAUCAAUCCUCUAUUAUAAAAAAGUAAAGAAAUCAAAAUACUACAAUGCACAAAUGAAAUCAAAAUUAGCUAGAUUAAGUCAACAUGCUUAA